AUGCCCUCCAAUUGCGACGGCCACGAGUUGCUCAAGGGUGGUGUGAGAUCUCCCGGCGGCACCGAGCAUUUCUCCGGCGAGAUGGGUUCUGGGCAGAUUGGCGGCGGCGGCGGAAACGGUGGUUGUUCUAACGGCGGCAGCGGGAGUUGUUGUGAUAUGAGUGUGAAGUGUUCGUGUAGGUGGAAAUUGGAGAACCAACAGUACUAUAAACGGUUAUUUUCUUCGGGUUUCGUUUUCUUCUUCGGGUGUUUUGUUUUGUUCGGAUCCAUUGCCAGCCUCUAUGGUUGGGUCGCUUUUUCCCCUUCAGUGCACACCGCUCUCUCCUCUUACGGUUGUCGUGACGACAAUGAGGGUUCUUGGUCUAUUGGGAUUUUCUAUGGUGACUCCCCUUUCUCUCUUAAACCCAUAGAAGCUGCGAAUGUUUCUAACGAUGAGAGUGCUGCUUGGCCUGUCGCCAAUCCUGCGGUGACGUGUGCUUCAGUUUCUGAUGCUGGUUUCCCUAGUAAUUUUGUUGCCGACCCUUUUCUUUUUAUUCAGGGAGAUACUUUUUACCUGUUCUAUGAGACAAAAAAUUCAAUCACGAUGCAAGGUGAUAUUGGAGUUUCAAAAAGUACUGAUAAGGGAGCAACAUGGCAACAGCUGGGAAUUGCCUUGAAUGAGGAUUGGCAUCUUUCUUAUCCGUAUGUCUUUGAGCAUGAUGGCCAGAUAUAUAUGAUGCCCGAGGGCAGCAAGAAGGGAGAUCUUCGUCUCUACCGUGCAGUUAACUUCCCUUUGCAGUGGAGUUUGGAAAAGGUUAUCAUAAAAAAGCCCCUUGUUGAUUCUUUUAUCAUCAAUCAUGGUGGGAGGUAUUGGCUUUUUGGCUCAGAUCAUAGUGGUUUUGGCUCCAAGAAAAAUGGGCAGUUGGAGAUUUGGUACGGCAAUUCACCUCUUGGUCCUUGGAAACCUCACAAGAAGAAUCCCAUUUAUAACAUUGACAAGAGCUUUGGAGCUCGCAAUGGAGGCAGGCCAUUUAAAUAUGAAGGAAAUCUUUAUCGUAUGGGUCAGGACUGUGGUGAUACAUAUGGGAGACGGGUGCGUGUUUUUAAGAUAGAAACUCUCACUAGUAAUGAAUACAAAGAAGUUGAAGUACCCUUAGGCUUUGUUGAGUCAAAGAAGGGUCGGAAUGCUUGGAAUGGUGCUCGACACCAUCACUUAGAUGUGCAACACCUGCCAUCUGGUGGCUGGGUUGGGGUCAUGGAUGGGGAUCGCGUUCCUUCUGGAGAUUCAGUCAGGCGAUUCACAGUUGGCUGUGCAUCUGUCGCAGUUGCUGCUAUACUCAUUGUACUAUUGGGUGUGCUACUUGGAUUUGUGAAUUGUAUUGUUCCUCUAAAUUGGUUCAUUCACAACUCUGGCAAAAGGAAUUUAACUAUCCUGUCUUGGGAAAGGUCAAAUAUUUUCUCUGCAAAGGUAAGGCGGUUUUGCAGCCGCCUGAAUCGGGCCCCAACAUUUCUACGAGGUAAGAUAAAGCAUAACGCCUGUGCUAGGAGGUUUAUUCUGUCCUUAGUAUUUGCUGUGGGGGUUGGAUUGAUGUGCAUUGGAGUGAAAAAUAUUUAUGGUGGUAAUGGUUCUGAAGAACCUUACCCGCUGAAAGGGCAAUAUUCCCAGUUCACAUUGUUAACAAUGACCUACGAUGCUCGACUCUGGAAUUUGAAAAUGUAUGUGAAACACUACUCAAGAUGCUCUUCGGUGCGGGAGAUAGUGGUGGUGUGGAACAAGGGAGUUCCUCCAAACUUGAGUGAUCUAGACUCUGCUGUUCCAGUAAGGAUCAGGGUAGAGGAAAAGAACUCCCUGAAUAAUCGGUUCAGGGCAGAUCCAUUGAUAAAGACACGAUCAGUCCUUGAGCUUGAUGACGACAUUAUGAUGCCAUGUGAUGAUAUCGAGCGUGGUUUUAACGUGUGGCGACAGCACCCUGAUCGGAUUGUUGGAUUCUAUCCUCGGCUCAUUGAGGGGAGCCCGUUAAAAUAUAGGGGAGAAAAAUAUGCUCGGUUGCAUAAAGGAUACAACAUGAUUCUUACUGGUGCAGCUUUUAUUGAUGCUCAAGUAGCUUUCAAGAGGUACUGGAGCAAGGAAUCAAAGCAAGGGAGGGAACUGGUGGACAAGUAUUUUAACUGUGAAGAUGUGUUAUUAAAUUACUUGUAUGCAAAUGCAAGCUCAUCAUCAAGGACUGUUGAUUAUGUGAAACCAGCUUGGGCAAUUGACACCUCAAAGUUUUCUGGUGCUGCUAUUAGCCGAAACACGAAUGUGCAUUAUCAGCUAAGAAGCCAGUGCCUGAUGAAAUUUUCAGAGAUGUAUGGAGGUUUAGAUGGUCGUAAAUGGGGAUUUGACAGUAGGAAAGAUGGUUGGGAUGUAUAG